AUGAUGGCUUCUUUUUGUCAAGUUAAUCCUUUGCAACAACUUGUAACGAAAAAUGAUGGUGAGAACUCUCAGUGGUUUAAUAUCCAGAAUAAAAACGGUUCUCAAUCGAUAUCUGCUUCAAGAGCCGUACAUGAUAAUAUCGAAAGGAAUUUUAUAAAUAAAAACGAUCAAGAGUAUUUAAUUGGAAAUAACAUAAAUGAUAAUCUCCCCGAAGCUGGGAGUAGAGGUUAUCGACUACAUAAUGAGAUUAAUACUAAUUCUUUUGUUGAAGAGUUUUCGAAGGUUCAGGUACAAGAUCACAUGGAGUUUAGUGACACCUAUAAAAAACUGUAUGACAAGUACGAAAAUUAUCAAAAGGAUUCUCAAUAUUCAUACAAUGCAUCACCUCUUCAUGGAUUCAAUGAAAGACAAAAUUUACACGGACAAGCAGAGUUAUUCAAUGGACAAACGUUUAAUCAAAGUUACAACAGAAAUGAAAUGGUCGAGAUAUCUGCUUUAGAAUCACAAUUCAAUGAACAAUUUGACAAGUUAGAAAAUGAACUACACUUAACUGAGGAAGAAGAUCAAGUUGAAAAGAGUAUUUUGGAAGAAGAAAUAACAUUUAGAAAUACAGCCUCUGAGUUAAUUAAUACAGUUUCAAAUUCAAUUAAUGAAAACAGUACUAUAAUGACUAAUGAAAUGUUAAGUUCUAAAAUCGCCAAUUCAAAAUUCUUCAACAUGAUGAAUAAUGUGAAUAAUGGUAAAAUGGCAUUAAAUGCAAACAAAUACGAAUUUAUAUCUAAGGAAACAGGGGAAACUGUAGGAAACAAGUAUAGCAUGGUUGCUGAUAAAGUAAACGAUCACCAAAACAAGUAA